AUGGCAGCACUCCUAUCAACAUCGGCGUUGAGACGCAGGCUGAGGACGGCCAUCGACAACGACUCGCCCGGGAGGCGGCUAUGGAGUUGGAGCGGGCCGAGUCAGGAGGCGGAAGAAAAGGUUGCCAAGCCGGCGGCUUCGCUACUCCCGUGGGAGGAGUUACCUGAGUGGCAACAAUGUGGGAGCGAUCAUAUCAAGACCGGAUAUCGACCAGCUUGUGGCUCCGUGGCAGGCUGUUUCGCCAGUUGGACCUAUGCGCAUAAUGAGUCGGUCAACAUCUACUCUCACGUGAUAGGAGCCAUAAUCUUCGUUCUGCUGCCAUUCUACGUCUUCAGCGAUGAAAUACCAGCCAGAUGGAGCAUCGCCUCAACCGCAGACGUAGUCGUCUGUACAGCCUACGCUGUCGGGGUGACAACAUGUUUCGUCCUUUCCACGGCCUUCCACACCCUCAUGUCCCACAGCGAAUCCAUGUACCUCUCGGGCAUCAAAGCCGACUUCCACGGCGUCCUCGCCUUAAUGUGGUCCUCCGUCUUCCCCCUAGCGCACAACGUGUUCCCCUGCUCCCCGGCCACGCGGGACGCCUACGUCGGUCUGACGGGCCUGCUGGCCGCCCUCUGCGCCGCGGCGACGGCGAGGCCGGAUCUGGGCGCCGUGGACUUGGGACACCACCGCGCCGCGUUGUUCGCUGCGUUUGGGCUCGCGGCGUUUGUGGCGCCUAUCGGGCAUGGGGUGGUGCUGGCUGCGGAUGGUGGACGAGAGGUGUGGGAUAAGGUUGGUGGGUGGUGGGUUUUGGGGACAGCGGGGUGGAAUUGUGUUGCUGUUUUGGUGUAUUGGGCCAAGUUUCCGGAGAGAUGGUUCCCGAGGACGUUUGACUUACUUGGGGCCAGUCAUCAGUUGAUGCAUAUCUUCGUUUUGGCUGCUGCUCUUUCGUAUGCAAAGGCCGUUGUGGUGGCUUUCGACUAUAGACAUGCGCAGGAGCUCGUGUGCUGA